UCAUUUAAUCAUCUUGAUAUUGUUCUUCUUCUUCUUUUGUACAUAACAAUGGAGGCAAUUAAUUCUGGAUUAGCUUAUGAACUUUUACCUUAUUUGAGGGUGUAUAAAAAUGGUCGAGUUGAGAGGCUAUCGCAUUACCGAGAUGAAUUUGUUCCUCCAUCGAUUUUCAGAGAUUUGAAAAUGAGUGUUUCAUCAAAAGAUGUUGUAAUUGUACCUCAAACUGGUCUGUCUGCAAGACUAUAUCUUCCCAAGUCAAUCACCCACGCAGAGGAGCAGCAACAGAAGAAGAAGCUUCCCCUUCUCGUUUAUUUCCACGGCGGAGCAUUUUGCACCUAUUCCACCUUGAAUCCUAGAUACCACGAUUAUCUAAAUUCUUUAGUUGCAGAGGCAAAUGUUGUUGCCGUCUCGGUGGAAUACCGACGAGCUCCAGAGAAUCCUCUCCCUGUGGCUUAUGAAGAUUCAUGGGCAGCCUUAAAAUGGGAACUUUCUCACUCUCUGUCCGAUCAACAAGGCCAUGAGAUCUGGUUAAGUGAUCAUGCUGAUUUCAAUCAAGUUAUUUUGGGUGGUGACAGUUCCGGUGCUAAUAUCGCACACAACAUGGCAAUUCGUGCUGGAAUUACACCUGAGCAAAUUUUCGGUUUGAAGCUUUGGGGGGUUGUUUUAGUGCAUCCUCACUUUUGGGGGAUGGAACCAAUUGGUGUAGAGAAAUUAGACAUGGAUUUGAAGCAAAGAGUAGACAAGUUAUGGCUUACGGUUUGUCCAACAACAACAGCCGGUAAUGACGACCCGCUGAUCAACCCUGCAACUGACCCAAAAUUUUCGAGCUUGGGAUGCAACAAAGCGUUGGUAUGUGUUGCAGAGAAAGACUUAUUGAGAGACAGAGGAUGGUUUUAUUAUGAGACACUGAAGAAAAGUGGUUGGGAAGGUGUCGUUGAGAUUAUGGAGUCUAAAGGAGAGGGUCAUGUGUUCCAUUUGCAUAACCCCAGUUCUGAAAAUGCUCUGAAGUUACCGGGUAAUGAAAAACCCAUUUCCUUGAUGUCAAUUCUUCUUUGCUUCUUCGAUAAAUCAAGUUCUUUCUUGUUCACAUCUUGAAAAUCAGCAUGUGGAUAGAUUGAACUCCACCUCCUUAGCACCAUUUUCUUGAAUCAGGUGAUAUUUAGCUUUCUUUUUCUUGUAGUAGUUGCAGUAUAGGAAAUACCAGGAUCGAACAAAAAGAUCAGCAUACUAUUUUUGUUAACAUUAUUGUAUCCAAAUAUAGAGAUACUACUGAUAUCUUUCUUAACAAUAAAAGAGUUGUUUGACUGACCCUUGAAUAAGGGAGAAAGAUAAUCGGUUUCACUUUGAGACGAAUAAGGAAAGUACCUUCCAAGUCAAUUUUUCCUA